AACACAGAAACGUCUCUAUGGGUUCGGCCUGUCAGAUUGGGCACGAAGUUCAUGGAGAAUGGAGCUGACUCUACUAAGGUGCAGGUAAAAUUAGUCUUCGCAAAUGAUGACAACACCAAGGAGCUAACCCUGCCUUUGAGUUUGUCCAUAAAAGAUCUGAAGCAAGACAUUUUGGAAAACCAUUGGCCCCCCACCCUGCCUUCCGACGUGGCGCGGCUGCGGCUUUUCGCCGGUGGCAAGGAGAUUGGUGGAAAGGAUGGUGCUGAUAACCAGCGCCUGAACGAAGCAAAGAUUCUUUCGGAUCUGUCGAAGAUCGGGGUCCCUGCCGUGCAUGUACAGGCUGUUCCUAAAGCAAUGGCGGUGGCUGUGGAGAGCAAAAAGAAGCAGGGCUCCGCCUGUGCAUGCUCGCUAAUGUGACCCCAGGGUGCCGCUCCACUCCGUGUUGGCGGCGGUUGCCUCACAUGGAGUGACAAAAACGACCCACGUGGUGAGUUCGGAGAGCUCCAGGUUUUCCAUCCAUCCGUCGUCUGGAAAUGUGGUCACCCAGCCCAACCCAACCCACAACGCGAUAUGUUGAUGGCAGUUUGCUGGAAA